GGUAUAAAUAUCGCCAUUGCGAUGCAACAUAAACAUUUACAGUCCGAGCAUUACCAAAGCAAGACUUCAACAUGAGGCUAACGUUGGUGUUCUUGAUCGUGACGAUCGUAAUGUGCGCCAUGUUCCAAGAAUCUGAACAAUUUUGGGGAUGGGGUGGCCGCCGUUACCGGGGCUGGCGCCGUGGAUGCCGCCGUAGAACUACGACGAGUCCAACUACGACGAGUUCAACAACGACGGGAGCUUCUUCUACCGUUCAAACAAGAAGAAGGCGUGAGAUCGAAGACACUCCACUUGUGUUGCCAUCGGCAAUAGAAGUAUAAAUGCAAAAACUAUUGUGGACAGAAACAAUAAUGAAAUUUCAAUGAAAUUUCAUUAGACAAUGAGAGAGAGAAAAAAUAAUAUAACUGUAUUGUUGCACUCCUUAGUGAAAUGAA